CCACUAUAAAUGCCCAUGCGGGUUACCUACUAUAUUCAUCAGCACAUCAACACCAUUUCAAACAACAAAGCCAUGGAUUUUUCUUCAGCUUUCCAACCUAUUAUUGCUUUUGUAGCUCUGCUACUUCUUCGAGCUUUAUAUAAAAUUGCAGGGCAUCCUAAACAAAGCAAGAAGAAGACUAAAUUUCCCUUCCCGGAACCAUCAGGUGCUUUACCAUUCAUAGGUCACCUCCAUCUUCUGGGUGCUAAAAAACCAGUAGCUCGAAUCCUCGGAGCCAUGGCCGAUAAAUAUGGACCGAUCUUCUCACUUAGGCUCGGCCAGCAAAGAACCUUGAUCGUGAGUAAUUGGGAAAUGGUGAAGGAAUGCUUCACCACCAACGAUCGGAUUUUCGCAACCCGACCGGGCAUAGCGGUUGGAAAAUACAUCGGAUACAACAGCGCUAGCUUCGCACUCUCUCCUUACGGACAAUACUGGAGGGACAUUCGCAAAAUGGCCACUCUCGAGCUCUUCUCCGCCCACCGCCUCGAGCAUCUCAAACGCGUCCGCGUCUUGGAGGUUGAUUCCUUCAUAAAGGAAUUGUUCCCUCUCUGUACGACGUCGACGAAGUCGGAGGCGGUGGUGGUGCCUCUGAGUGAGAUGCUGGAGCACCUGACGUUUAAUUUGAACUUGAGGUUGAUCGUCGGGAAGCGAUUCUCCCAGCACAUGUUCGAGGAGAAGGACAGCGAGGUGAGCCGAUUCAAGAACGCUAUCAAACAGGCUUUAUAUCUGAGUGGCGUGUUUGUUUGGUCGGAUGCUAUCCCUUGGCUUGAAUGGUUGGAUAUUCAUGGACAUGUGAGAUCUAUGAAAAAGACUUCUAAGGAGAUUGAUGCGGUGCUUAGUAAGUGGCUGGAAGAACAUAAGGAAAGAAAGAGGGCGUGUUGUGGUUCUAUUGAUGUUGGUGUUGAAAGAGAUCUCAUGGAUGUCAUGCUUUCCACACUUUCUGAUGAAGACCUUAAGUCUGCUGGAUUUUCCCUUGAUACUGUUAUCAAAGCCACCUCUCUGAUUCUUUUACUUACAGGAACAGAGAGCACAGCUGUCACGCUAACGUGGACCCUGUCAUUACUACUAAACAACCCGAAAGCUCUAAAAGCGGCCCAAGAAGAGAUGGAUACCCACGUUGGACGAAAUAGAUGGGUUGACGAAUCAGAUAUUCCCAAACUACACUACCUCCAAGCCGUUCUCAAAGAAUCGUUAAGAGUAAACCCAACGGGUCCAGUUACCGGGCCUCGUGAGGCAAUGGAAGAUUGCUACAUCGCCAACCAGUUCGUCCCAAAAGGCACACGCCUAACAGUCAACAUAUGGAAAUUGCACAGAGACCCGCGAAUUUGGUCCGACCCAUGUGAGUUCCGACCCGAAAGGUUCUUGACGACCCAUGCGGAUGUGGGUUUUAAGGGUCAGAAUUUCGAAUACAUGCCAUUUAGUUUGGGUAGGAGAUCUUGCCCGGCUACGACUCUUGGUUUGACAGUGGUUCAGUCGGUGCUGGCUCGGUUGAUUCAGGGGUUUGAUAUGAGAACCAAAGAUGGUGAGCCGGUUGAUAUGAGUGAAGGAUUAGGCAUUGCCUUGCCUAAAGCUACACCAUUGGAAGCUGUUCUCUCCCCUCGCCUUCCUCUUGAGCUCUAUGAAUCACUUUGAAGCUGGGAGAGUAUAAUAAUAUUGGGUAUUUAGAGUAUGUUAAUUUUAUAUAUGCUUGAUUUGGGAUUGGAUUGGAAGCAAAAUAGAGCCAUAAUAUAUAGAAUUUGUAUGUACGUAAUAUAGUAUAGUGGUUGAAUAAUUUACCGAGUAAGGUUGUGGAAAUGAAUAUCUUGAAUAAUUUAUGGAGUAUGGUUUUGGAAA